GGACAUCCAAAUCACAAGUUUUUACGCUAUGACUCUAGUGAACAGUUUGAUGAUUUAAAAAUCAUAUUUGAUUGUGCAACUGCUAAUGGUAGUUCUGCAAUUGGCUUGGGUGAUACCACGGAUGCUCGUGUCUUCACUGUUGGUGACAGUCAAGUACAAGAAAACUUGAAUUUUGAGGACAUCAAUGAUGAUGUAUAUGCUCAGCAACCAUCCCCAGAAAAUGGUGUCAAAAGGCGUGUGGAAAAACUUGUCUCGAGAAAACGAUCUCGAACAGACACAUCUGGCAGUUCAGUUGAGAUAAACAGUGAUCAAAGUGAUGCUAUGGUAAUGAUGACCAGCAAGAUCCUUACCUUCAUAACACAGAGAGAAGAAAGACACCAAAAAGAAGCUGAGAAAAGAGAAGCUGAAAAGAAGAAAAACAGUGUUUGGGAUGCUAUGAAAGAGGUUCCUGAUUUGGAUGAUCGUAUCAAAUUUAAAGCGGUGACCCUUAUCUAUUCCUUGGGAAUGAAAGAUGUGUUCACUGAUAUGUCCAUAGAAGAACGCUAUGGUUGGAUCCAAAGCAAUGUCAACUGA